AUGGCCGGAACCAGGAAUUACGAUUUUUUGAUUAAACUCCUUUUGAUAGGCGAUUCGGGUGUGGGAAAAUCAUGCUGUCUCUUGCGUUUCAGCGAGGAUAGUUUCACGCCUUCGUUCAUCACCACGAUUGGAAUUGAUUUCAAGAUUCGUACAAUUGAGUUGGAUGGAAAGAGAGUGAAGUUGCAGAUUUGGGAUACGGCGGGUCAGGAGAGAUUUAGGACGAUUACCACGGCGUAUUAUAGGGGGGCCAUGGGCAUCUUGCUUGUUUAUGAUGUUACUGAUGAGAGAUCUUUUACCAAUAUUCGCACCUGGUUCAGCAACGUCGAACAACAUGCCACCGAAGGUGUAAACAAGAUCCUCAUAGGCAACAAGUGCGAUUGGGAAGACAAACGAGUUGUAUCUACCGAACGCGGUCAACAAUUAGCAGAUGAACUCGGCAUUCCUUUCCUCGAGGUAUCCGCCAAGAGUAACAUUAAUGUAGAAAAAGCAUUCUAUAGUUUGGCGGCAGACAUCAAGAAGAGAAUCGUGGAUACGAGUAAGAUAGAUCAGGCGGCGCAACAAGGUGUUGAUGUGGGUGGUCAAAGUAGUGGAGGUGGAAGUAAAUGUUGUUAG